AUGAGCUUCUUUAAUCGAGGAUCCACUAAUACACCACCUCCAUCCGGUUCCUACGGCCGAUUGCCUCCAGAUGCAGGCCUUCCGUCUGGGCCGCGAGGAGGAAUGAGGCCUCCACCAUCUAUGCAGUAUCAAGCACCCCCCACUCCAUAUAAUGACCCUUCCAGUGCUUUGUUUGAAAAGAGAGGGAAUUACGAGCGGAAACCAGUUCCAAGAUCUGGAGGAAGUUAUGGCGUUGUCAGCUCUCCAAGUGACCAGCUCGCACUUUCGAACUGCCUCAUUGUCCAUCCUAUGGACUUUCAGCAGGGCGAACACGUUCUAGUAAAGGGCGAAUUCGCGCUCACGGUCCGACACGAUAACACGGGGAAAUUACAGCCUGGAACUGUAGGUGCAUCAGCUUUACAGCGAGCCUGGAUCGGCCUUUCUGUUCAGGGUGAUUCCGUCACUGUUGAACCUCUUCCUGCACCUCCAAAUCCUUCCGCUCCAGCAUUCCUCCAAUCCAUCGACGUAGAAGUCGGCUUCCUACGUCGUGGUCAUGAAAUCGCAGAACAAUUCUCUGCGGAUGAUAUGGUCAAGCAUUUCUUGAAAUUAUUCAACGGGAACCUUAGAAGUGUCGGCGAAACAAUUGUGUUCGAGUAUCAUGGUCAGAAUUUAAAAGGAUUUGUGCGUGCGGUUUCUGUACUGGAGCUUGCGGAAGAGCAAAGGCGAGGUGGCGGAGGUGGCGGAGGUAGAGCACCUCAGCAUAUGGGUAUACUGAUGGACAAAACGGAUGUCACAUUCAUGAAGGCUCCGGAUAGUGCUAUCAAGAUCAAAUCCAGCGCGAAGAAAGCUCCACCGAACGCCAUUCUCGCACCUAAUUUCAAAUUUGAGGAUAUGGGUAUCGGAGGUUUAGACACGGAGUUUAACGAAAUCUUCCGUCGAGCCUUUGCCUCGCGUGUAUUUCCUCCUGGUCUGGUUGAGAAAUUGGGUAUCCAGCACGUCAAGGGUAUUCUUCUUCACGGUCCGCCUGGGACUGGUAAAACGCUCAUCGCGCGGCAAAUCGGAAAGAUGCUCAAUGCUCGGGAACCCAAGAUUGUCAAUGGUCCCGAAAUCUUGAACAAGUACGUUGGUGCUUCGGAGGAGAAUAUUCGUAAACUGUUCGCAGAUGCGGAGAAGGAGUACAAAGAAAAAGGCGAUGAGAGUGGGCUACACAUCAUCAUCUUUGAUGAACUCGAUGCCAUCUUCAAACAACGUGGCUCCACCAACAGCGGGACUGGCGUCGGAGACACCGUAGUCAACCAGCUUCUCUCCAAAAUGGAUGGUGUCGACCAACUCAACAAUAUUCUCAUCAUCGGUAUGACUAAUCGAAAGGACAUGAUUGACGAGGCCCUCCUCCGUCCUGGACGUCUCGAGGUUCACAUGGAGAUAUCAUUACCAGACGAGCAUGGUCGUCUACAAAUCCUCAAUAUACACACUGCCAGGAUGCGGACAAACGGCGUCAUGGACGACGAUGUUGACCUCCCGGAGAUAGCAAGCGUUACGAAAAACUUUUCUGGAGCGGAGAUUGGUGGUUUAAUCAAGAGCGCGACUAGUUUUGCAUUCAAUAGGCAUGUGAAAGUUGGGACGAUGGCUGGUAUCUCGGAUGAUGUGGAGAAUUUAAGGGUGAAUAGGAGGGAUUUUAUGAGUGCCCUUGAGGAGGUUCAUCCAGCUUUCGGUGUAUCAGAGGAAGAGCUGCUACAGGUCAUCCAGAAUGGGAUAAUACACUUCGAUCCUAUCAUCGAUGAAAUACUGCGUUCCGGACAGCUCUUUGUAGAGCAGGUGCGAACCUCCACCCGAACACCCCUUGUCAGUGUACUCUUGCAUGGACCCGCAGGUUCUGGUAAAACAGCACUAGGAGCUUCAAUAGCACAAGCUUCCCAGUUUCCUUUCAUCAAGCUUAUCUCACCAGACAGCAUGGUUGGAUUUUCCGAAAGUCAGAAGGUGACAGCUAUCAACAAAAUAUUUGCGGACAGCUACAAAAGUCCGUUAAGUGUCAUUGUCGUAGAUAACCUAGAGCGAUUGUUAGAGUGGACACCGAUUGGACCUAGAUUUUCGAACGCUGUGCUACAAACACUCCUAGUGCUUUUCGCCCGUAGACCACCAAAGGGCCGUCGUCUCCUCGUCAUUGCAACGUCUUCCUUGCGGCCUGUUCUGACAGAGAUCGGGCUCUCGGAAGUAUUCGACUCGGAAUUGCGAGUACCGCCAAUCUCCAACCUUGUUGCCCUGGAGUAUGUGAUCCAAGAGGUAGAGCUGUUCUCCUCUUCACAAGAGCGACGUGAGGCAAUCCGUAUGCUGGAAGAUGCGGGCUUUGCUUCGACUGAGGGCGACGAGACAUCUGGAAGAUUGCACAUUGGAAUCAAGAAGCUACUAAGUAUGAUUGAGAUGGCAAGGCAGGAGCCAGACAACGUCGCGCAACGACUAACUGGUGCUCUAAUGGGUUUAGGAAUGUGA